AACAGCAAUUGGGCGGCGGUAGAAGUGUGUGUGUGCGUGCGCGUGUGUGUGCGUGCGCGCGUGUGCGUGUGUGUGUGUGUUUGCGCUCUGGGGACAGUGUCGGAGAGGCAGGGUGGAGGUGUAUGUCACAUUUGGGAGUAGACAUGCAGAGGUACAGCUCUGGGGGCUCAGUCACCACUACCACGGACGAGGAUCUGCCCAGCCAGAGAAGGAUACAGCGCCUGAGGCUGACCUUACAUGCAGACCAACCCUCUACUGGACAAGAUGAACCCCAGAAUGUCACCGGAAAAGAGAAGCAGGAGGCGAUGGCAGCCAAUGGGACGAAGAGGAGAAGAAAUGGCUACGUGGAACCACGAGAGCAGCAGGCCCCCAGCGUGACCAAUGGCGUGAGGGAGAGCUCACCCCAGCGAGGGGGCAAGGUGUAUGGCGUGGUGCACAGGAAGGGCAUGGACAGCCAGCAGGAGGAAGUGACGGCUUGUGAGUGGUCUGUCAAUCACCUGAGGGACCAAAUGAACUACAUCCGAGAGGUCAGAGACUCGCUGGAGAAGGUGAGGGAGCGAAUGUAUGGCCAGUUUGGGGGGAUGCAGCAGUCCAUGCACAGACUCUCUCAGGACAUUCGGACUACCAAUGCCCAGAGACAGAGCCUGGAGAGGGAGGUGAAGACACGGACUGCAGCCAUGGACAGCUUCGAGCAGAUGAAUAGCUCCCUCAUAUCCGCCAACAUUGACCUGCAGAAAUCCUUGCUGGAGAACUGUACAGACCGGGCUGAAGCCAGAGAAAAGAUUAAGAGUUUGUGCAGCUCCUGUCAGCUGGCGGAGGAGAAGCUGAGGGAGAGGGACAAGGAGCUGGCUGCAGCCCUCGCAGAGAACCGAGCCCUCCGACUGCAGGUGGAGGCCUCCCAGGAAGCUACAUCCGAGGCAGUGGAGGAGAUGUCUCGGAAACUACAGAGGCAGCAUGAAGAACAGCUUCAGAGUGAGCAGAGGAAGCACAGAGAGGAGGUUGAAGCACUGCGGGCACAGAUAGAUGAGUACGUGAGCCGGCUGGAGGAGGCGGAGAAGAAUGCCAGGGUCGCGGAGGCAAAGAUCGCCGAGCGAGAUCAGAGGAUUGGUGAACUGGAGCGUCUCCUGGACUGCAUGAGACAGGAAAUGGCUCAGCUGCAGCUGAAACUGCGGGACUGUGAGAGACGCCUGCAGAAGUCCGAAAAGACUGACCAGGUGGAUGGAAACACAGCCAAGAGGACCCAGCAGCUGGAGGGGGAGGCCCUGGAGUUGCGGGAGAGAAUCAAACACCUGAACGACAUGGUGUUCUGCCAGCAGAGGAAGGUGAAGGGCAUGAUAGAGGAGGUUGAAACAUUACGGACAAAACUGGUACAGAAGGAUUUGUUCAUUACGGACCUAUUGGAUAAAAUCGCCCUGGUUGAAUGUGAGAAUAAAGAGUUAGACGACAAGCUGAAGUAUUUUGUGUCUAUUCAGAAUGACAGUGUAGUCCAAGCCGCAGUGCAAACGAGAGACAUUGGAGUGGGCUGUGACCUUCUUCCCAGGCCUGAACCGCAUGCAGGAGACGAAGCCCAGGCAAGGCCGCUGCCACGCAGUCGAUUGGAAUCCAGUUUAUUGAAUUACUCUCCAGUGCAGUACAGCAAGUGGCUACAAUCCAACAGCACUCAGCUCAGUAAAAGCACAUCAAGCCCAACACAAUCCAACCCUUCCUCUGUAAAUCCGGUCCAGUCCAGCUCAGCCCAGACCAGCACAGAGGAGUCAGUUUCCAUACAGACAUCCUCACCCCCCUCGAGUCCUGAACGCUCCACUCCAGCUGUGUCCAGUACACAAACAAGAACCCCUCCGUCGAGAAUAUCCACGCCUUACAUGAAACUCAUGGAAAUGAGUUCAAAAAGGAGCAAUGAAUGAGAUGCGGAAAUUUCCUGUGUUGUAGUAAUCACCAGUUUGCACUUUCGAUGGUUCGCUGGUUGUAUGUGAAAUCCUGUAAUAAUGGUCCUUAAUGGAAUCUCUGGUAUUAUUCUCAAGCUUCACACUUUGUUAUUUUGUAAAUAAAUUAUGAUGUGAAUACUUAAAAGCCUUAUUUAGGUUACCUCACAGAGCGUAGAGGUGCAAUGUUAAGGAGAUCCUUCUGUAUACAUGUAAAUAGUUUGUUAUAAAUCUGUAUAUAUGUAUUUUUAAAUUGUAUUUUUGAUGCUUUACACUUUGGUUUUGUUUAAAAAGAAUGAACUGAUUAGGUUUUAUUAUAUGGAGUUUGAACUUAUAACAGUAAAAAAUAAAAAAAGAAUAUGCUGUAUUUGUAAUGCAAUAUGUUUAUGAUGGAUUAUUUCCAAAUAUGUUACUUUAUUUACUGCUCAAAAUACUUUCACAAAAUAUUGUGGGUUUUUGAUAUAUUAUACCAUUUUGAUUAACAUACUGACAAUCCCCUGCUAAAUCAUGAUAAUACUCUAUCAUAAUUCCUUUUGAGUUGAGAAGUAAAUAAUCAUUUUUGUUCAAGAAAAAGCUUGUCUACACUGCCAGAUCUGUAAACAUGAAAGCACUGCAUAAGGCCUGUUUUUUGCGUACAUGUAAAUGGGGUUCUAACCAGUACAUGCUAUGUGUAAUAAAGUUAAAACAGAUCCAGUAA